AUAAACAAAGUGAAUUUAUUAAUGAAAAAAGUGAUGAAAAAAUAGUGAAAGAAAAUGAGUGAGUACUCUAUAUACAUUAUACAUACUUUGGCACUCGUGAGUUUUCUACCCACACAUGUACAUAAGUGCUGAGUGUCAAAAUGGCUAAUAAAAAGAACCUUAAGAAGAAAUGUUCGCAACUGAAGUUCAAGAAACUAAAAUUGAUGAACCUAUCUGGAACUCGAGACAUACCUAACUUCCCUGAGUAUGAAUUUGUGGAGCCACCGGUAGAGCAGCCUGCUAGCCAGACGGAGGUCACAGCCGAGGUGCAAGACCCAGUGGAACAUGAAACAGUUCAAGACGUUGCUGAUCAGUCGGAAGACAUUACUAAACCAGUAGAAGAUGUUGCUGAUCAGUCGGAAGACAUUAAUAUGGAGUCUACAGAGGAGUUUGUAGAAUAUUGCAAGAAGCGAAAUCCAUCAUCAACGUGGAAUUACUUUCUAACAUCCAGCGACCGACAGUCUGCUAAGUGCAAGAUAUGUUCUCGAGUUAUAAAAACAUCCGGAUCAUCCACGAGUGGGUUACAUGGACAUUUGCGGUCGAGACAUAAGAUCAAAUUGGAUUUUGCUAAAAAAUGUUCUGAAAAGGCCUCGUCACGAGUCCAGAGUGAAGAACAUAAUAUGACUCUAGAUACAAAUUUAGUAAUAGUUAAGCAAGAACCAAUUACAGCCGAGAUCUCGUUUGAAGGUGAAGUACAAAACGAUGAAUCUAUUGAUGAUGAACCUAUUGCAAAGAAAAUAAAACAAGGAGAUGAUCGUUCUGAAUCUGAAUCAAUGAAGUUACUUAUUGCAAGAAUGGCAGCGCUGGAUGGAAUUUCUUUGAGCAAUUUUUGUACGUCGUUGGAUUUGCGUUGCCUUUUUGCUAAUGUAGGAUUUGAGCUGCCAACUUCAGUUGCAGAAGUUAUAAACAUAUUGACCGCAAAAGGUUAUAUUAUAAAGGCUGAAUUGGAGGAAAAAUUCGAGUGUUACAAAUAUGAAAAUUACAAAUUUUGUUUAAGUUUUCAACAAUAUCAGACGUCACGCAAUCAGUUUUACUUUUCUAUUAAUAUACACAAUAAGAAUCCAAAUUUUGGUGGGCCAAAAAACCUAGGUCUUUUUAAAGUUACAAUGCCAAUUGAAUUUGACGAAUUUCUAAAAAAAGUAAGUGCUUAUUUAAAUGAAUAUGACAUAACAUUGAAUGGUGAUAUAAUUGCAUUUACUUGUGAUGAUUCACUUACUUCAAAUGGUGUGGACUUUUCUAUUGUAAAUCAGACACAAUUAUGUUUAGCUCAAGCAGUACAGCAUGCUGUAGUUGAUAGACUAUAUCGAAAAGAAUUAAUACCAGAUAAUUUAGUUUACAUAAAUUCAGAUGAAAGCGAUGAAGAUUCUAUGGAUGAAAUAGAUAUGACCGAUCCAUUUCUUAUAAGGGAACCCAUUUCAAUUAACCCGCAACUAAUAUACAGGGACACAAUUGAUAAAGUAAGAAAACUUGUUCGUUAUUUUAAAAACUCAACAUCAAGAAAUGCUUAUUUGCAAAAUUUGGUAAGAAAAAAAUACGGUAAAGAAAUUCAUUUAUUAAUGGACUGCAAAAAACGUUGGACUUCGAUGUGUGAAAUGAUCGGGCGCUUCUUGAAAUUAAAAGAAUUAGUUCAAAAAUGUAUACAAUAUUUUGAGGUGGAUUUAUUUAUAAAUGAUGAAGAAUUACGACUGCUGACAGAAACCCAUGACAGUCUUGUUGUUAUUAAAGCAACAAUUACUGCAUUGUGUAAACCCAAUGCUAAUCUUCUAACCGCAGAUGCUGCACUGAGAUUUAUGUUAAGAAAAUUGGAUGAACAGAAAAACAAUACAAGUCUAAAUUUUGCAUUAAAGUUGAGAGAGUACAUUAAAGAGCGGCGUUCAAAGAUGUCUAGUAUAUUGCAAUAUUUGCACGAUCGCUACUCCUAUAAUAACUACGAGGAUCAUGAUACAUUUGUAAAACCAUCUUCUGAUGAGAUGGUAGACAUAUUAGUAUCAUUGCUGAAACGUUUAAAGCAAGAAAAAGACACCGAACAGGCAGAAGGAAUACCGAAUCGUAAAGAAGCAUAUGAAAAAUCGUUUGAUGAUCCGUUAGGAGCAGAAGACGAGGAAGAAUUAUCAAUAGAAAAACAAUUAGAGAAGGAAAUCAAUAAUACAUGUCAUGAUAAAUCACCAUCAAAAAAAUUGAAGUCGCAGCAGUUAGAUUUGAAAAGUAUAGUUAUGGGGGAAAUCAGUAUUUAUGAAAGUGUUGGGGGUAGUCGCGGAAUGUACUUGACGACGGCUUACGAAUAUCUAUUAUCUGUUGUACCAGCCAUAGCUGAAGCUGAACAAUACUUCUAUGCAUCAAAUCAUGCUUAUAAGACACUCAGCAAUCAUCCUGAUAAAAUAUUAAAUACUUUAUUUUUCUUGAGAUCCUAUUUUAUAGACCAAAAAUCAGAACAGUAGGUAAUUUAAAGUAAUUAAAUGGUUUUUAUAAUAUUUUAAUAAUACAUAUUAUAAUUUUGUUAAAAUA